AUGUGGUCUUCAGAACAAAUGGAAGCCGCAUUGAAUGCCAUUCAUGGAAAUGAAGUGACUCCAGAAGUUCAUGACCAUAAUAAGGAGAACGAAACUGAACCAGCUGGAGUUUCAUUUACUGAUUUGAUACCAUUACCUGGACCAUCAGGAAUACAAACAGCAAAGAAGCAACAAUGCAUCAACAGGAAACAGCAUUCAGAGAUAUUUACAUCCACCCCACAGAAAACAACGUUAGAUGAGAAAACAGAAAGGAAACUACAGAAUAAGAUGAAAAAAGAUGCAAAAACUAAUGGUACUAAACGGAAGCUUGCAUCAGAUGAAGAUGAACCCAAUGAAACGCAAACAACUACUACAAUAAGAAAAAACCCUAAAAGAACCUGCAUAGAGGCAUUGGCGUUAACAGUGGACAAUAUUCCCGAAGAUGAGGAUGAAUAUGAUGAUGACUCACGCGAAAAAGAAGUUAAUGAAGAUAUUUGUAUCAUAUGCGGUGAUAUUGGAAAAGACAGGGAGUUGUGGAUAAGAUGCGUAGUGUGUGGCCAGUGGGCACAUGAAGCUUGCGCCGGCAAUGUACGUGACGAUUAUAUUUGUGACUUUUGCCUUUGA